AGGCCAUUUAUUUACUAAGGGUGGAUAAUUUUAGACGAGUCGUUGCAAUGGAAACAAAAUAAUAGGGGUUGCAACUUCACAAAGGUUCAUUUGCCAUUUAAAUAGUAUUUUGAUAACAAAAAACUAACAGUAUUGUGAUAAUGGUAUUUAAGCGAAAAAUCAGCCAGCUUCUUUUACAAAUUUUAUAUAUUCGAGUAUUUGUAAAAACUUUUUCAGAAGCAACAAAAAACACAAAUUUAUUAAAUGUAACUGGAUCAAACAUGGAUGUUUUAUACAAAAAUUAUAUCGAUGAGAUUCCGACAGGCAUUUGUCAACUUUAUAAUGGAACAACAUGCAUUAACUAUUUAGCACAGCAAUAUAUUUUUAUACCGCCCAAUUUAUCUUUAAACGAGUUAGAAGAACGUUUAAAAGCGGCAUAUGGUGUUAUAAAAGAAUCAAAAGAUAUGAACCCGAAUUGUCGUAUAUACGCACUUCCAAGCUUAUGUUACAGCACACUGCCAAUAUGUCGAACUCCUGAGCGUACAAAUUUAUUGUAUUUUGCCAACAGAGCUACACACAAGGAAAGAAAAUUAAAAAAGAAUAUAACAACAAAUGUAAUGGGGACUGAAAAUCGUAUUACAAACUACAGCAGACUGAAGAGGUUUUUAGAAAAAAAUACAAAAGAACAUAAAUUAGUGCUUAAACGUAAAUCUUCCGUUAAAUAUGACGAUGUGUUUUCCGGUGAAAUAUCUAGUCAGUAUCCGCCAACAAGGGAAUCUGAAAACUUAAGACGAAUUUGUCGUGAUGAAUGUGAAUUACUCGAAAACGAACUUUGCCAAAAAGAAUAUGCCAUUGCAAAGAGGCACCCUGUGAUUGGACAAAAAUUACCCCUUGAAGAAUGUUCGCAGCUGCCUCGUCAUAGUGAUUGUUCAACAAUGGGUAUAGCUAUAGAUGUUGAACCAACCGAAACAUGUUAUUGGGAAGACGGUUCUGGCUACAGAGGUACGAUUGCUGUGUCAAUUUCGGGAAAAAAAUGUUUACGCUGGUCUUGGCUAAUGAAAGAAAUAUCCGAUUUUCCUGAAUUAGCGGGACAAAACUACUGCAGAAAUCCUGGAAGUAUGGAAGAUAGACCGUGGUGUUUCGUAGGUGAUAAAUCAUUUGAAAAAAUCAUAGAACCCUGUGACAUACCAAAAUGUUCAGACAGCAUUUGGGUGUAUAUAUACAUGACAAUGGGAGCGCUUUUAAGUAUAUUUUUAAUAUAUGUCAUUAUACAUGUUUUAAGACGAAGAGGAAAUCAUGGAAUGACUAAUAUACAAAACAUAAAUACGCCGAACGCAGAUAAAAAUAUAUAUGGAAACUCUCAAGUUAAUUCAUCUCUCGAAAUGUCACGUAUCAAUAUAAAUGGAACAAAUGAUCUAUCUCCAUCAUUUGCUCAAAAUAUCGAACGAAGUUCACUGCUAAAAAUACCUCAUUAUACGUUACAAGAUGUAGAAUUUGUUGAAGAACUUGGAGAAGGAGCAUUUGGAAAAGUAUACAAGGGCCAACUGACACUUACCGGAGAAGAAAAAAUAUUUGUGGCAGUUAAAGCUUUAAAAGAAAAUGCUUCAUUCAAAACACAGCAAGAUUUUAAACGAGAAAUAGAAUUAAUUUCCGAUCUUAAACACGAUAAUAUUGUCUGCAUAUUAGGCGUGGUUUUAAACAAGGAACCGUUCUGCAUGCUCUUUGAAUAUAUGUCAAAUGGCGAUUUGCAUGAAUUUCUUAUCGCAAAUUCACCAAAUGAAAAUAAGUCUCUGACUCAGUUAGAAUUUCUUCAGAUAUCACUUCAAAUAAGCGAGGGCAUGGAAUAUUUAUCCGGACAUCAUUAUGUUCAUCGAGAUCUAGCCGCACGAAAUUGUUUAGUAGGUGAACAAUUAAUGGUGAAAAUAUCAGAUUUUGGUUUAUCUAGAGAUAUUUACAGUUCUGAUUAUUACCGAGUCCAAUCAAAAUCAUUACUGCCCGUACGAUGGAUGCCAUCUGAAUCAAUUUUAUAUGGAAAAUUUACAACUGAAAGUGAUGUGUGGUCAUUCGGAGUUGUUUUAUGGGAAAUUUAUAGUUAUGGAAUGCAACCAUAUUUUGGCCACAGUAAUCAAGAAGUCAUUAACUUAGUAAGAUCAAGGCAGCUUUUACCUUGUCCAGAGUCAUGUCCAACAGCAGUGUACUCAUUGAUGAUAGAAUGUUGGCAUGAACAGUCAGUCAGAAGACCAUCAUUUUCAGAAAUUUCCCAUCGUUUAAAAACAUGGUAUAAUGGACAACAAAAACUAUCACAUAAUGUAUCUAGUCAGUUUUUCCAACAAUCACCCCCUAUACAAUUCUGA